UCAAACAAAUAAAUCAUUUAUUAAUAAAAAAAUCGCGAUAAAGUAUUUACUUAUUAUAUAGCGGCAGAAAAAGUUUUAAUAAUAAUAUAAAAUUGUUUAAAAAAUAAAACUAUAACAAUGUUUAAAAUGGAUUCUAGUCAUCAUGUUACGGUGCCACUACGUUAUGGCAUUAAGAAAAUGAGAAAGCGUCGAGAUUUAGAUGCUCUUUUAUCACAAAGUCAUAAUAAAAAUGGUGGAAACGGCAGUGGUGGCGGAGGUGGAGGUUGUGGUGGUGGCGGAGCCUUAAGACGCUGUAAUAAUAGUCGUGGAGCUGUCUACUCACAAGAUAAACUAUUAAAUAAUGCCUCGACAGAUGACCAAGAGGAUUACACUUGGCAACCUAAAAUUAAACAACCUCCUCAUCAUUGUGGCCAUAAUAAACAAAUGAUAUUUCGUUUAUAUGGCAUAUUAUUAUUUGUGAUUACUUUGUCCAUAUUUGUGGGCUUUACCUAUUGGUUAAAUUUCAAUUUACAACAACAGAUCUAUGAAUAUAGACAAAAAGUUGAACAAGUUUCUGCCGCUAGCCAAAUUUUGCCGGACACUUUGCAGGCCUGGCAUGAAACUUCAAAAAGUUUGAUCAAAAAUCAAACUUCUAUGUCUUUGAAAAUCACCGAACUACAACAGUCUUUGCAGGAGUUAUGGAAAAACUUUAGUGAAUAUCGUUCGUCCCAAGAAGCUCAAAAAAGUUAUGAAAAAGAAGAGAAAAUUGUAGCCGAUUUUGGUGCAAAAAUCGAGGCUAUAGCCACGGAUGUUGAAAGUAUGAAGGAACAUUAUAAUUCGGUCAAGGAAAAACAAACGGAUUUACAGCAAGUUUUUGAAAAAUUAAAGUCCAAUUUUAGUGAUGGCUUAAAGAAUAUGGCCCUACCCAUCAACUACACAGAGGAAUUAAAGACCUUAAGAAGUGAUUUACAGACGAAAAUUGAUAAACUCGAGUCCAAUACCAGCUAUAUCAAUGACACCUUAACGCAAAAGUCAAUUAUAAUGCAAGAAGAGCUGGUUAAACACAAGACCAAAUUGGAUGAGCUAUUCGAUCGCAGUGCCAAUAUAACAUCUCAUGUAACAUCUUUAGAGAAUUCAUGGCCGGAAUACAAACAAAAAGUCAUUAAUCUUGGUAACGAUAUACCAAGAAUAGAAAAAGAUAUUUCCAUGUUAUCAGUGGCUAGUCAAAAAAUGGAAUUAUCAUUUAAGAACAUUUGUAAAGAAUGUCAAAAUUCUUAUAUCGAAGCCUUACAGCACAAUAUUGAAGAUGAAAAGAAACCUGUGGAAAAGGUUCUAACAUCUCAAACCAAAACGACAACGAGCACUUUGCGUCCCGUUAAUGUGUAGUAUGUGAUUAUCGUCUAAAAAAAUAUAUAUAUA